AUGGAUGCCUCUCCAGCCGCUGUGGGUGCUUAUCAUGCAACAUCGCCUGAUCUAAUCAAGCCGGGCCUCCGAGCAUUUGGUCAAGAAACCUUUUACCCCGGCUAUGGUUGCUAUGAUCCUUCAGCGCUCCCGUUAGAGUACUUUGGGGACGCCGGUCUUAGUGGCUGUGGCAGCAAUGAACUUCUCAUUAAGUUCGACAGCUUCGCGCCUCUUACCGGGUCUUCACUCUUGUCAGAGAACGAGUGCGCUGAAAGCUUCUAUCCGGAUCAAGGACUCUCCUUUGAUGCUCUGCCAGUCAAUGAUUUGGGCACCAGCCCUACCCUCAGCUACACCACGCCUUACCCACCUCUUCCGAAUGCCGGCGACGCUUGGAUUCCUUGGCAGUCGUUUGGUGACUUCUUACCGUAUACCCAGCAUCUUUCCCAGGAACAACCCUCUAUUUCUUCUCCAGAAGUUGUUCUUUCUUUGGAUGACCAACAGCAAAUAUCUCAACCGACUUCAAAGGAAGGUCCCACCCCCUCAUCGGACGGUGGCACCUCCAGGGCCUGGUGUGGGAUCUGCAACAAGAGUUUCGCUACUUCUAGCAACCGGGACCGUCAUCUCAAGACUCAGCACCGACUGGUCGACGAAUACUGGACCUGCCCCAUCAAGGGCUGUGGAAAAACUGGCAAUCGAGGCAGGAAAGACAACGUUCGACGGCACUUUAGGAAGAAACACCCUUUGAUGGAUCCUUCCAAAGUUGGUCUUUAG